AGGAAAUAAAAGUUUUUAAAGCUCAUAUGUUUUAAAAGAUUUUGAGAAAAUAUGUCGCAGGGUAUAAUCUUUACCCUCCUCUUGUUCACAGGCUGCACCACAGCCAUCAAUGUGAUCUGCCCUUACCCACGAUACGUGGUCAUAUUAUUCCAGCCGGUCACGCUGCGCUGUGAUUUCACUACAACAGCUACAAACCCACCACUGAUCACCUGGAAAUACAAGUCCUACUGCAGAGACCCGAUCCAAGCUGCACUGAACCCCAGCAGUGCUGACAAUGCUAUCGCUCAGUCCAACCCAAACUACAACCCCAACAUUGAGUGUGCAGACAGCGCCAGGACCGUUCGCAUAGUGGCUUCGAAACAAACGGCGGUCUCACUUGGGACUGAGUACCAGGGCCGUCAGAUCAGCAUAACAAACAGUAAGUUGACUUUACAUU